AUGGCACGGAAUUCAAUUUAUAUCCUUGAAGCAGAUCGUCCUACUGGUCUCGCUACAGUUAGAGCAUUAUUUAAUUAUGGUUCUGUUCAUUCAUCUCAUCGUAUAAGAAUUACUGCUGGUGUGAGUCGUAAAGCCUCUGAUGAAAUUCGUAAAAAAUUAGCUGAUUAUGGCGCUAAUGUCUAUAUAAUUGAUGAUCCAAACAAUAUCAAAUUUAAUGAUGAUGUUCAAAAAUUAAUGAUUACUUUACAUCCUGAGAGAUUAGAUGCAGGAUUUAUUUACCUCGAAGCAGCCUUAAGGGACAAAGUACCAUUUAUACUCUUACAGUCUGUUGUCAUGGCGGAUGAAAGGAAGGAUUAUGUCGGUAAAAAAUUUGGUGAACUCGAAGCUAAGUUCAAUCAAUGGAAAGAAAGAGCGUGUAUCGGAACUGAACACACUCAUCGUAACUGGACAAUUUUAAGAACUGGGGUAUAUGAUCAUUAUUUAUUGGCUUUUAAGGAUUGUAUCAAAAAAGGAAUAUUGGAUUUGCCUAUCGGGGACGGAAAAUUUGCACCAAUUGCAGUUGAAGACGUAGGAGUAGUGGCAGCCGAAAUAAUCGAGAAAUCCGAGAAGUAUUAUUUUAAAACUUAUACUGUUACAGGUCAUGAACUUACAUCUGGAGAAAAUUUGGCCCAUGGUCUCUCUCAAGCACUUGGUUAUCAAAUAAAAUAUAAGCCAUCUUCAGAUCCCUCUCAUGUUACGGAAGAACAUAUUAAAGAAAGUAUUACUUCACCAGUUGAGGCUAGUACUGUUUCUCAUUUGUUUGAAUUAAUCAAGGAGGAUAAGUUUAAUUAUGUUAGUCCUCAUUCAACUGAUAUUGAAAAGUGGAAACCGAAAACGGUAGAAGAGUUUUUCUUGGAACACAAGGACGAAUUGCAGCAGACAAAGUAG